AUGGCCUUAUGUCUGGUGAUCGUGACAGGUGUUGUUCUGUACCGCCGAGUUCUCCGUCCAAAAUCGGGCUCCUUCUCAUUCAGCAUCGUCCAUGAGGCACUGGAAAGGGUCAGGGCUGGUGUUCGCCGUGUCACUCGUGCAGAGACGCCGGGGGCUGAAGACAAACAACUUGAUAGAGUGGUAAUACAGUUGUCAGCGGAGAAGACAACUUUGCAGGGGUCUGCCGUUAUCCGUGCUGUCAUGUUGUUGGAGAAAGCAACUCAGAAGGUCGUCCAAGUGGUGAUCUUGGCGUUGUUUACCUUUGCCACAAGUGAUGCCCUGGUUCCUGGCGGAAACAACGUCUGUACAAAAACAUCAACAGAAAGCUAUUCGCAGCAAAUACAGGGCACGACGUCGUGUGGGUUUUGGGGAUGGAGAAGAUGUGCCAAAACCACGUAUCGUCGAGGGUACAGACAGAGACAAGAUUAUGAGUGUUGUGAUGGAUGGAGAAGUGAUGACAACGCACACUGCUCUAAAGCCAUCUGCUUCGGACUAACAGCGGGAAAGUGUCCUAAUGGCGGUUGGUGUAAAAGCCCGGGAAUUUGCUCAUGCGCACAAGGGUUCAAGCCUCCGAAGUGCACGGACAUCGAUGAAUGUGAUACCUUGAACGGAGGCUGUUCAGACGGGUGUGUCAACACAGUGGGUUCUUACAGGUGCUCGUGUGCAUCCGGGUACGGAGUCGCAAAGGAUGGCUUUAACUGCCAGCACAUCGACGAGUGCACGUCCGGAAAGUCCGACUGCGACCAGCGGUGCGUGAAUACACCGGGUUCGUUCCACUGUGAAUGUAUUUCCGGCUAUCGUCUGGCGGCUGACAACACAUGCUUGCCCGUGUGCGGGCAUUCCCCAGCAGGGACGUGCCCUAACGGAGGCAGCUGUGUCAGCCCGGACAACUGCACUUGUCCUUCUGGGUUCCAGACGCCAGACUGUCGGGACAUUGACGAGUGCAGUCUUUCCACCGAUGACUGUGAUCAGAACUGCGUGAAUACCCUUGGGUCGUAUAGGUGUGAUUGUGCCCCCGGGCAUGGGGUGUUGGGUGAUGGCCAAGGGAGCUGUCUGCGUGGUGAACUUCCACCUUCUUUUCCAGCCAUUUGUCACGGCCUAACACCAGGUGAGUGCCCUAACGGAGGAAGCUGUCGGUCCCCGGAGGUCUGCCAUUGUCUUUCUGGAUUCACUGGUAAUAAUUGCACAGACAUCAAUGAAUGUUUUAAUUCCAACGGGGGAUGUGAGCGAGAAUGUCACAACGAGCCUGGUUCCUUUGUCUGCGGCUGUCCUUCAGGAUACAAGUUAUUGUCUGACGGGAUUGCAUGUGCAGAUAUCAAUGAAUGUAAAGAAAAAAAUGGCGGGUGCGAGCAGAUUUGUGAUAACAGUGUCGGCUCCUUUAACUGUCGCUGUCGGAAAGGUUUUCGGUUAGACACAAAUAACAUUACCUGCACAGAUAUUGACGAAUGUUCAGAGAACCCUGGAUUCUGUCAACACGACUGUGUCAACAUUCCAGGAUCCUUUGCGUGUGCCUGUAACAGUGGCUACGCAUUACAAUCUGACCGAAAAACGUGCACUGAUGUUGAUGAAUGUGUGACGAGCAAUGGUGGCUGUGAACAGAUCUGUAUUAACCACGUGGGGUCAUCUGAGUGCCAAUGCAGGGCAGGAUACACGUCUGGCCCAGAACAGACUUCCUGCACAGAUAUUGACGAGUGUUUGGAAGCCAUAGGGAACUGCAGUGAUUUGUGUGUAAACGACCCGGGAACAUAUCAUUGUGACUGCCUGGCAGGCUACAGACUGGACAGUGACGGUCGCACGUGUCAAGACAUAGACGAAUGUGAGAUUUCAAACGGUGGUUGUCAGGAACUGUGUGAUAAUUCCCCGGGUCCAGGGAAUGUUCUUGCCCCGAGGGAUUGGUGUUGGCCUCGGAUGGGUCCACGUGUCAAGGUUGGUACCCUCUACACACGUAAAUUGUCUAAUAUUCGUUUACAUCCAUGUGAACAUCUGUCUGCCUCUGCAGGUCCCACCAUGAAUGGCAAGGAGUGA